UGCAUGCCACGCUAUCAGUCCCAGAGUCGCCAAUCUAAACUGCAAUUGAACCUCGACGUCCUUUCAUCUAUCUUUCCACGACACGGAGCUCGAGUCGUGCCAAGUCAUGUGCAACAUUCCCGGCUGAGAGCCUUUCCAUUUGCGCCACAUCUACAUUAGUCUUCCGCGAUUCCCGACAACGAUUACACAUCUGGGCUUUGUCGGAUUCGCAAGAGCUCGGCGUGACACUCAGACUCUUUCGAUAGACCAUGAAGUCUCCACUAGCAUCCUUGUCCUUGGGGGCUCUGUUUACCUUGCCAUCGGCCUUCGCUGGACUGAAUAAUGUUGGAGAGCAAGAGCCUCUAAGACCCCCCAUCGACCCGCUCAAGUACAAGGCAGCAUGUCCCGACUACAAGAACUAUGCGAUGCGACCACACCCACCGUAUAGCGCAGGUCCCAUGGAACUACCCUUCCAACGGCCAUCCAAGUACUGCCGAACCUUCGAAUCGCCUCUCGUCGAGAAGGUCAUCGAUGACAUGAAUGAAAAGAUAGUCGACAAGGACCUUGCUCGUCUGUUCGAAAAUGCCUUCCCCAACACAUUGGACACAACGGUACGCUGGCACGUUGACGGGACUGUUAAGCACAAGUCCUCGAGACGAAGCUGGGACCCAGCAGCGUGGAAGGGUGCGCAAAGCUUCAUUGUCACAGGAGAUAUCAACGCCGAGUGGUUGCGCGACUCUACAAACCAACUAGCGCAGUAUCAGCUGCUGGCCAAGAAAGACAAGGACAUACACCAGCUCAUUUUGGGAGCCAUCAAUACACAGGCAGAGUACGUCAUUGGCUCACCCUACUGCAAUGCCUUCCAGCCCCCUCCGCCGAGUGGGCUGAAACCGACCUUCCAAGGCGAUGGCGACAACGUACAUCCAAACUACGAACAGUCGUUCGUCUUCGAAUGCAAGUACGAACUCGAUUCGCUUGCGCAUUUCCUCUCCUUGUCCAAUCAAUUCCACAACCACACCGACUCCACAGAAUUCAUCAACGGCCGCUGGCUGCUCGCUCUUGACACUUUGCUCAACGUGCUCCAGCAGCAGUCGAAGCCUACCUUCAACGAGGAGACAGGCGCAUACCAAGGCAACGAAUAUACAUGGCAGCGCCAAACCAACAUCGGUACCGAAACACUCAGCUUAAGCGGUCUCGGCAACCCACUCAAUGGCGGUACAGGGCUCGUCCGCUCUGCUUUUCGUCCCAGCGACGAUGCCACAAUCCUUGGCUUCUUCAUUCCCGCCAAUGCCAUGAUCGCCGUGGAACUACUGCGCACAGCUGCCAUUCUCAAGAAAGCAGGAAAGAAACACAUUGCAGCAGAAGUGCAGACUUGGGGCGAGAGAAUCCAGAAAGGUGUAUGGGAACACGGCGUCGUGACGCACAAGAAGUAUGGCGAGGUUUUUGCCUUUGAAGUCGACGGCUACGGGUCUUCCAUCUUGAUGGACGAUGCCAACCUGCCCUCUCUACUCGCUCUACCUCUCCUCGGCUUCACGGAUGCAGACAAUAAAAUCUACAAAAACACCCGUAAGAUGAUACUCGAAAAGAACGGCAACCCAUAUUACCUCACCGGUUCCGACUUUGCGGGUAUUGGCGGCCCUCACGUUGGUGUACGAAAUGCUUGGCCUAUGGCUGUCCUUGUGCAAGCCAUGACCUCAGACGAUGACGAAGAGAUCAUGACAUGCCUUGCUGCGGUCAAGAAUGUGAGUAGCUUGGGUCUGGUGCAUGAGAGUGUAAAUGUGCAGUCUGGGAAGUCGUAUACACGCAGUUGGUUUGCAUGGGCGAAUUCGGUCUUUGCGCAGACCGUGUUGGAUUUGGCGCAAAGGAAGCCACAUUUGCUCUUUGGUAAAGGGGUGGAGGCGUACACUGUUGGUUGAAGUGGUUUCAAAGGAUGAUAUCAGUCGCUGUCUCAUCAACCUGCUUCUCAUCAUCGAAGUGUUGUAAAAGGGCAGCCUGCGAGAUGUUCGGCGGGCGAUGUAAAACGAUUUCAUUAGAGCCGCUUAUAUCACAAGAAUUCCUUGUCAUCUAGUAUUCCCCUCCUAUCUACGUCAAACAUCCAGCCAAAUGCAUCCAAUCCGUGCCAAAACGCUCCAGACCUAAUGGGUAUCCAAAGAAACCAAAAUAAAAUAAAGCAGAGAAAGUAAACAAGCGAUUAAACAAUGUACAAAACAACUGAGUAAUUAGUAUGGGGUAUUUCAG